AUGGUCAGUCACUCACAAAACACUUGAGCGGCUGCAGCGUCUUUUUCUCUUUCCUUUCCUUUUCCUUCUGUCAAAAUUUCCGUCUUCACUUCCUUCCACUCGCACCUUUUUUUUUUUCGCACGGACUCCCCUACAAACGACUCGCCGUGCACGGGAUUUCCCUUCCAACUUGGAUACGUUUCGCGACGUCAUUUGACGCGGUGAUGCUACUGAUGAUGCUGAUGGUGGUGAUGAGGAUGCUGAGGAUGAAGGUGACGCUUCGGCCGCACUGAUCCGCGCGCGGGCAGCGGCAUGGCCGGCGGAAACUUAGGGCUUUGGACGGCACUUCUGGCGUGUGCGUGCGUGAGCGCGCAUCAGCCGACGGGAGGGAGUCGGGCCGGUCAAGGCGGACCCGGUGCCGAGCAGCAGCGCUACGAGACUACGGUACCGCUUCAGCUGGUCGGACAAGAGUGGAAAGCGAUGCACCUGCUGCAAUCUCAGAAUCACCCGACGUCGCUAAAGCUGCGGAUCGAGGCGGAAGGUCGACAACUGCGUUUGACGCUGCGCAAAAACCAGGGUCUGUUUGCAAGCGACUACAAAGAAACUCAUUACCUACGUGACGGCACCGCAGUCACAGGGUCGCACAACUCGCUGGCUCACUGCUACUACCACGGCGAGGUGGAGCGCCAUCCGGACUCGGACGUCAGCCUGAGCACCUGCAACUCCACACUCAAGGGCUUGAUAUCAGUGGACGGCAGAUCGUACAUGGUGGAACCAGCAGCCCACGGCACCCACGGCACUCACUGGAUCUACUCAACGCAACACCUCCACCUUACUACCGGCACCUGCGGGCAUCUGUCCAACGGGUCGGAACCGGUCGCCCUGCCGGACGGCGACCCGUUCAAAUCCUUCAGCACCAGGCACAAGCGGCACAUCCAGAGCACCACCAAGUACGUGGAGCUGAUCAUCGUGGCCGACAACCGGGAGUUUCAGAAGCAAGGCAAGGACGUGGAGAAAGUCAAGCAGCGUCUGGCCGAGAUUGCCAAUUACGUGGACAAGUUCUACAGGGCCUUGAACAUCCGCGUGGCCCUGGUGGGGCUGGAGGUCUGGAGCGACAUGGACAAGUGUCCCGUCACGCAGGACCCCUUCACCACCCUGCAUGAGUUCCUGGACUGGAGGAAAGUCAAGCUGCUGCCUCGCAAAGCCCACGACAACGCCCAGCUCAUCAGCGGGGUGUACUUCCAAGGCACCACCAUCGGCAUGGCGCCCAUCAUGAGCAUGUGCACGGCCGAGCAGUCCGGAGGUAUCGUCAUGGAUCAUUCCGACAACCCCCUAGGUGCGGCCGUCACGCUGGCCCACGAGCUGGGCCACAACUUCGGCAUGAACCACGACACGCCCGAGCGGGGCUGCGGUUGCCGGGUAACGGCGGAGCGCGGCGGUUGCAUCAUGACUCCUUCCACCGGGUAUCCGUUUCCUACCGUGUUCAGCAGCUGCAGCAAGAAGGAUCUGGUGGCCAGCUUGGACAAGGGGGUGGGCAUGUGUCUCUUCAACAUGCCCGAGGUCAAGGUGCUCUACGGCGGGCAGAAGUGCGGCAACGGCUACGUGGAGGAAGGCGAGGAGUGCGACUGCGGCGAACCCGAGGAAUGCCUGAAUCCGUGCUGCAACGCCACCACGUGCACCCUGAAGGGCCACGCCGUGUGCGCCCACGGCCAGUGUUGCCACGACUGCCAGCUGAAGCCGGCGGGAACGCCGUGCCGCGAGUCGGGCAACUCGUGCGACCUGCCCGAGUUCUGCACGGGCGUCGGCCCCCACUGCCCCGCCAACGUUUACCUACACGACGGCCACGCUUGCAGCGGCGCCGACGGCUACUGCUACAACGGCGUGUGCCAGACGCACGAGCAGCAGUGUGUGACGCUGUGGGGGCGAGGUGCCAAGGCCGCGCCCGGCAUCUGCUUUGAGAGAGUCAACUCGGCGGGCGAUCCCUACGGCAACUGUGGCAAAGACGCUAAAGGAUCCUUUGCCAAAUGUGAUGCACGGGACGCCCAAUGUGGUAAAGUCCAGUGCCAAGGGGGCGCCAACCGCCCCGUCAUUGGCACCAACGCCGUCUCCAUAGAAACCAACAUCCCUUUGCAGGAUGGCGGCCGGAUCCUGUGCCGCGGCACACACGUCUACUUGGGCGACGACAUGCCAGACCCGGGCCUGGUGCUGACGGGGACCAAGUGUGGUGGCGGAAUGAUGUGCUUAAACCGCCGGUGCCAGAACGUCAGCGUUUUCGGUGUGCACGAGUGUGCCGCCAAGUGCAACGGGCGAGGGGUGUGCAACAACAAGAAGAACUGUCACUGCGAGGCGCACCGCGCACCACCUUUCUGCGACACGUCCGGUUUCGGCGGCAGCGUGGACAGCGGUCCCGUCCGACUGGCGGAUGGCAUCCGUGUGACGGUGGGUGUCCUGGCGGUGCUGCUCUCCUUGGUGGGCGCUGCAGUGGUGGUGUGCAUCAAGCGGAAAAGUCUUCGGUGGGUGCUCUCCAGCACCAAGAAGGACCCAACUGACAAGCUCAGAUCUGUAAAGGCCUCAACGGGUGCGGCAUUCACUCCCAAGCGGGAUCAGCCGACGGGUGCGCCGUCCCCAUCUCGACCGGCGCCGCCUCUGCCCCACAGCGCCACCAUCUUCAAGCCCCCUCACAGGGGGGGGCCACAGCUCCCGCCACCGCCGCCGUACCCGUCGCACAGCCUGCACCGCUUGCCCCAGUACCAGCCGUUCACGCUGAGCGUAUCCUUGGGCCCGGCGCCGCCACCGCCCGCUCCUCAUCUUCAUCCUCACGUUCACGUGGCGGUGGCGAGAAGCACGGCUGGGGCGUUUGCCGGCCUCAACGUCUGCAAGACGGAAGCAGAACGGCCUGGCCCACCUCAGAAGCCCCUACCUGCAGACCCCCGGACCUCUCACCCUGCACUUGGACCCAGACCCAGGCGCCCACACCCGGCAAAAAGUGUGGCCAAGCAGCCCGCCACGCUACCCAAGCCUCGCGUGGUGGCCAACGUCAAGUACAGCAGAUGAUGAUGUCACAGCGGCGGCGGUGAAUUUGUUUGCACUUAGGACCGCCUUCAAAAUGGCGGCCCUGGCACACCUUGGUGCUAAAAGUUCAGGUACACGCAAAUGAACUAUUUAUCUGUCUGAUCCCUAUUUAUUUGUUGCCACGCAGUGCACUGUGCCUGACACUUUUUUUGUUGUUUUAUAUUAAGAGCCAAGAGUUACAGCCAUGUUUGUUGUCUUGUCUUCUCUCAUUUAUGUUUAAGAAAAAGGUGAUUGUUAUGAGCGCUUACCUGUGAGCAACCUUGACUUUUUCCAUUUUAGUCAUUUGGUGUGUGUUGACAGUCAAAAUUGUUUUUUAAAUUUUGUUUUUUUAGUGAAACAUCAAACGAAUGACAAAAAAAAAACAUCAAUGUCUAAAAUGGGACUGAACUUUUGAUACAAUUGAGGCUGUGUCCAUGCACUAUUUUUUACUACUUUUUGCUUUUUCAAAAUAUAUAUAUAUCAGUGUGCAUGCACGCGCGCACGUGUGUGUUCCAGGUGAACACAUGUUUUUCCAAGCCAAAUGUUUGAUACAUUCCAUGUGCAGUAAAGACUGUCCAAAGUG